UGACAUCAUUUAUUUAAACUGUCGUUCGCAGGUACAGAUACAGAAUUUCGCGUACGAAACGUUAUUGUGUAUACUGUAUUGUAAACAGAUGUAAGCAAAUUAGUUUAUUACUGUUUGUAAGGGUGUUAAAAUAUAUAAACUUUGACUAGUCAUUGUUUGAUUCAAAAAUUAAGGAUGUCAGGGUUCGAUAGUAAUCCUUUUGCUGAUCCACAACCAAAUCCAUUUGCUGACCCUGCAGUUACCCGGGUAACAAGUCAAACUGACAAGAAUCGGUCAGGUUUGGAUGACUACAACCCAUUUACUAGUCAGUCGCAUGGGAUCAAUCCACCUUCUCAAGUGGGAAUAAGCCCCCCUCACUAUCAGCCAGAGGUGGUGAAACCUGAGCCUCCCAACCAAUCAGCAGUGAUGCAACCUGUGAUUGAACCUCCUCCUGCUUACUCUCCUUCUUCAGCUCCAACCAUCAACACUCAGGAGCUUCAGAGGAGGCAAGAGGAAUUAGAAAAGAAAGCAGCUGAGCUGCAAGCUAAAGAAGAAGCAUUAAGUAACACACCCUAUAAUGCAAGAGCAAAUAACUGGCCUCCACUCCCAGAAAAGUUCUGUGUAGGACCUUGCUUUUAUCAGGAUAUAUCAGUUGAUAUUCCAUUGGAGUUUCAGAAGCUUGUCAAAAGCAUUUACUAUGUAUGGAUGUUUUACUCUUGUGUUCUGUUCCUGAAUAUGCUGGGGGCACUUGCCCUAUUGGUGGAAUAUGGAAAGGGCUCAACCUUUGGUUUUUCUCUUCUAGCGUUUACUUUGUUUACUCCACUGUCAUUUUUAUGCUGGUUCCGCCCACUCUACAAGGCCUUCAGAAGUGAUAGCUCUUUCAACUUCAUGGUCUUCUUCUUUGUGUUUUUCUUUCAACUGGUGUUGGCUAUCCUGUAUUCUGUAGGGAUUCCAAAUACUGGAGCAUGUGGCUUUGUGAAUGGUAUUGCUACCCUUCAAACAAGACCUAUUUCCAUCAGUAACUAUGCUGUUGGUGGAAUUGUCCUAAUAAUUGGAUUUUUGUGGGGACUGGUUGCUCUACUUACAGGGUUUAUGCUGAUGAAGGUACAUAAUAUCUACCGUAACACUGGUGCAAGCUUUGCCAAGGCACAACAAGAGUUUGCCCAAGGUGUUCUUCGUAAUGAACAUGUCCAGACAGCAGCCGUUGGAGCUGCUCAAACUGCAGUCAACCAGUCUUAUGGUGGUGGUGGCCGAUACUAGUCCUAUCUGUUGCUUGUGGAAGACCUUGAACUCAAGAUAAGUGGAAGAUAUUACUAUCAUGUAAACUUUAUCUACAGCUACUUGAAUAUUGUAGGUUUUUUAAAAGGUUAAUUCUCUCUGUGUUGAGGAUGUUCUAUGGUCUACAAUAAUGUAACACGAGUGCCUGUAGAUGACAUUAAUGUUUUGUUUCAAACUCUUCAAAAGAUAGGUAAACUAAAAAUAUUUGAUACUUUAAUUUCAUUUUGUUUUUCAGGAACAUAUUGCUAAGUUUUUUAGAAUAGUGUACUAAAUUAUUAUAAUAGUUAUUAAAUUGGAUGGUUUUGGAAUGAGUGAGUUUAAGACUAAUGAAACUAUUAUCUCACUAACUCUUUACCUAUAUCACAGUCAGCCAUUUAUAUAUAUAUAUAUAUUCUUAAGUUACUAACGGUAGCUUUUAAAGUCAGUUAAUAAUCAGUUUAAGGUUCAAUUGUGAUAUGUACAUUAUUGUUUGUAUACAAAUUAUAUUUGUUCCUGAAUACAUUUAGGGACUACUUACUUAUAAACAGACAGUUUCAAUGUUUAUAUAAAAACAACACAUUAUAUUUGUUCCUGAAUACUUUUAGGGACUACUUACUUAUAAACAGACAGUUUCAGUGUUUAUAUAAAAAAUUAUAUUUGUUCCUGAAUACUUUUAGGGACUACUUAUAAACAGACAGUUUCAAUGUUUAUAUAAAAACAAAGCUGAAAAUUAAUUAGUUGAAUGUUAUGUAAGGAUUUAAGAACUGGAUUAAAGAGUCUACUUUUGUUGUUUUUGGUACCUAGUAGAUUUUUCAGUGCCAAAAUAAAUCAUCUCAUAACUUCUUUCUCAGGAUGAUUCAGAAUUUGUUAUUCAAAAAGUAAUGACUGUAGAGUGUCGGUGGAAAGCUGAAAUUCAUGACAAACUUUUCCUCUUUACACAGCUUUGAACAUUUUUAUACCUUAGUUUUGGGUAUGAAAACAAACAAAAAAAACAUUAUUCCAUUUAUAUAGGUUUUUCAAAGUUUCAUCUAGGGUCAGUCUGCAGUCUUUAAACCCAUUGUAGUCUUUGAAAAUUUGUCCUGUUUAUGUUCUAUAAUGCUUAAUAAACAUAAAACACCAAUUUUGUUAUUAAAACUUUGUUAAUUUUAUGCAAUACCUGUUAAAUAAAGGUUCAGAAGUAAGAACAUUAGUUAGAAUACUUAUGUAUUCAUGGGAAGUUGAGUUGCCUUGUUAGAAAUACCUAUAUGAAUCUCCGAUUCUCUGCCAUGACCUGUAAAUGAAUGUUUUAUAUUUUAAUUAUGCUAACAUGAUUAAUAAACCAUUUAUUAAGCAUACAAAUAGCUGAGAAUAUUUAUGUGUUGGGGGAAAAAAGUUUUUUUUUUCUUCAAAAUGCUGUAAACUCAUUAAAGUUCUGUUAUUAAAGGUGGAUAGUUCUUAGUUUUUUUUGUAUGUUAUGACUUUAAAACUUAUUUUCCUUGUUCACAUCUUUGAAAAUAACUUUUAGUAAUAUUAAAGUUACAUUUGUGUAAAUGGUUGAUUUUGAUAUUUCAUUUUCUUACUGAAGCAUAUUUGCCUCUUGGGUAAUUCACAAGUGAUUAAAGUGGUAGUUUUUGAGAUGAUAAAGUUGUUUUUUAAUAUACAUUAAACUAGGUGUAUCACUGUUUUUCACACAAAUAAGCUAGAACUCAAACGGAAAGUCAUUUUAAAUAUUCAAAGUUGAAUUUAGAGAGUGUCAGUAACAGUAAUUUAGUUGUUUUAGAAAAAAAAAGUAUUGUUUAUCAAUAGCACUUUGGGUGUUUGGACAAAGACAGGGUCCCAGGAACAGCUGUACUUUUUGUUAAAUAACCUGAAUUUUUUUUAAUAUAAUCACGUUUAAAAGUAAAGAAUAGAAAUACUGAUAUACAUUUAGUGAAGUCAAAUUACUGUGGUUAAAUUGGCAUGCUUGUUUUCUAUGGUCAAUCUUGAAUAAAAAUUUUAUCAGAGGUUUUAUUCCAGCUCUUGUUUCUUUGCAAGAAUAACUGAAUCUAGAAGGGAAAAUAUAAAUAUUUUUAUAUUCAAUUGACCAUUUAUACAUAACGAAAGGUUAUUAGAUUUUAAUUUCCCUAUAAUACUAAGCCAAAAAGUGAAUUAAUUUGUAGGGAUGGGACGGAUUUUGAAUAUCUGAUAUCUGAUUGGACAGUAGAUGUGUGACCAUACAUACUGGAAAAGCAACAUAAGUGUAAGCUACCAUUUCAUUAUAGCAUAGUAUUAAACUAAUUACUUCAUCAUGUUUUGGAAAAAUUGAUGACGAUGUAAAUGAUCUUGUGCAGUUUCACAUGAGUGAGUGAUCAUUGUUGACCCUUUAAGGGAAUGCAUCAUGUGGAAGCAUCAGAUAAUGCUUUACACCCCCGACCCCUCCAUUGAGACUUGUUUAGAUUAUGGUUGCUGUUGCAAGUGUGACUGUUACUUUACUCUUCUGAUCCUCUCCAUUGAGACUUGUUUGGAUUGUGCUUGCAAUUGUUACCACUAGUUGUGACCAUUGCUUUACACCCCUGAUCCCCCACUGAGACUUGUUUGAAUUGUGCUUGCUGUCAUUAUCACUAGUAUGACUGUUUGUGGCAUACAGUUCAACACAGUGAGUGGGCAUUAUGUUUUUAAGGUUAUGUAAUGACUACCAGGACUUGCACUCUUUAAUACCAGAGAAAAUAUACUACUAUGUUUAAAAGCUAAUAUAAAUCCCCAAUGGCUAGAUUAUGCAAUAGCUAUCAUAUGUGACACAUAAGCUGGUAGUAUCCUGCCUGCAUAAUAUUGUGAGGUAAUCCGUUGAUGGAAAUGCCAUAUAAUUAUCAAAGUCAUCACAAAGUUAAUAUUUGAUUAGAUCUGAUAAUAUAUUCCUAUCUCUACUAAUUUGCAUAUCUUAACUUUUGGUCAACAAAUUGAAAUUCUGUUGUUUUUAGUCAUAUUUCUGGUUUAAUGAGCUACAUUUAUAUGUACUACAGUUGUUGUUUUAUAUAUGUUUAAUGGUAUUUUUGAACUGCUGUUUUACCCAACUCAUAACUUAAAGGGGGAAAUAAGAGUUUUUGCUACAUUUGUGCUUUCUGUUUCAAUGACCUUUUUGUGUGUGUUUCAGCUUGUUUUUAAAUGAAAUGAUUUAUAUUUAGUUAUUUUCACCCUUCUAAAAGAUAGAAAUGAAAACAAUAUAUGUUGCAUAUUUUGUAGUAGAGUUAUAUUUGUUUUCAUCUUCAUGUGUUCUAACGUUAUUAGCAGUAGGUUAAAUUAAGAGAUGGUAGCAAAAUCUACAGUGCCAUCAUAAACACAAGUAUAUUGUAUUAGAAACCAUAUGUCAACAUAUGCUUUAGAACUUAUUACCACUUAUUUUCUGUAUUGGGUACCUACCAACGUGUUUGAGGGUUUAUAACAUUAAAAUUUGUGUAUCAGUGGGCAAAGCACAGAAAGUCCAUUAUGUACCUUCCAAUGUUUAUAUGUAAAUUGUGAAUCUCUCAUGGGUUAAUGUUUUGUUUGGCCAAAAACAUUAUUUCAUUAUGACUUUUUCUCUUAUCAUAAAAUAUUGCAAAAUAUUAUUUUUUUCCACUGACAUUUUUUUUUUUGUCAAAGGAAAUUAAUAUUUUUUAUUUUGGUGGGAAAUUGUUAAAUAUAUUUAUGAAUGUAUAAUUCUCUCUCUUUUUUUUUCUCUCUGAUCAAUAAAGGUAUCUGUUUGAUGCUGUAAUCAGUUUAUAUUGGGUUGCUAGAGAUGGUGAUGAAGUAAUAACUAAAUAUAGAAUACUGGAGAGCUGAUUGACAAUAUCUGUUUUUGUAUUUCGAUGCUAUUCUGUGUUUAUUGCUUUGACAAGGUGUUUUUUUUUACCAGUAGACAGAAUGGUUUUUGGAAAGGAAUUUUGUAAUCGAAAAAAAUAAAUACAGAAAAUGUUUGAAAUAUAUUUUUAACAGUUGCUCAAGUUAAUACAACUGUUGGAUUUUCAUCACUAUAAAUAACUGUUUUAUAGUUAUCAAAAUGCAUACCAGUUUAUGUCGUACUUUAAAAGAUAUGUCACAUUAUUUUAAUACCUAAUAAUGACAACUGUUUAAAACAAUAAAUAAUCCAAAACACUUACCAGUGAAAGAAUAUUGUUUUCACUUUUGUACUCUUCAACGGAUUUUUUGAAUAUCAUUUAACAACGUAAAUGAAAAGCUAUUAGUUAUAUGUAGGUAUAACUAUAGAUGUGUAUAGGUAUAGAUUUGAUGUGUUAACGGAAGUUACCAAUAAAUGUGUGACAGGUGUUUAUUA